UAGACGGCGGGAGGUCAGGAUGGUGCUGCAGGACGAUCAGGGGGAAGGACUAGUAAAGCUGCAGUCUGUCAAUAUGGACUUAUUUUGAAGUCCGAGACGGGACAUCUGAGACAGCUUUAGCCGCGUCACAGAGCAUCGAAACUGACAUGACUUCAGGAAUCUUACCGACAGUAUAAUAAUAAAAUUUAGAAAUUGAAGAUGUUUGAGAAUUUUAGAGAGAGGUUGCAGAACGUGCAGCAAGACUUCACCACAGGGAUCAAGACUUUGAGUGACAAGUCGAAGGAGGCAAAAAUCAAGAAGAAACAGAGGACUGUGGAUCAGCUGCCUCUCUUCUCCGCUGGAACCGAGCUUUUAAACCGAUAUGAAGAUACCUGGGUGACUCUUCACAAACGAGCCAAGGAUUGUGCUAAAGCUGCAGAGGCUGUGGAUGGAGAAGUGGUUAUGCUGUCUGCCCACUGGGAGAAGAGGAGAGCCGCGCUCCUGGAGCUCCAGGAACAGCUUCAGCAAAUUCCGGCUUUCCUGGCGGAGCUGGAGUCUGCCACUUCGCGGAUUGCUCAGCUGGAAGCAGACUUUGAGGAGAUGGAGGGUCAUCUGUUGCACCUGGAGAGCCUCUGUGGCCAGAGCGAGCUGCAGCGGUUCAAGCACUACCACGUCCUGCAACUGGAAACCUUCAAGAAGCAGAAAAGGAGAGAACUGGAAACUCUCAAAGCGGAGCUGGAUUCGGAGCAUGCCCAGAAGGUGUUGGAGAUGGAACAUGCCCAGCAGAUGAAGCUGAAGGAGAGACAGAAGUUCUUCGAGGAGGCGUUUCAGCAGGACAUGGAACAGUACUUGUCCACUGGCUACCUGCAGAUCGCAGAGAGGAGAGAGCCUAUAGGAAGCAUGUCUUCAAUGGAGGUAAACGUGGACAUGCUGGAGCAGAUGGACUUGAUGGACAUGUCCGACCAAGAGGCAUUGGACGUCUUCUUAAACUCAGGAGGAGAGGACAACAGCGUGGCUUCGCCGAUGCUGGGGCCGGAGAUGGAGACGUACUCCAGCGAGAUCACCCUGCAGGUGCCCAGCCAGGCCGAGCUGCGGCACAAGCUCUCCUCGCUCUCCUCGACCUGCACAGACUCCGCCAGCCAGGAGGCCAGCGAGGAGGGGGGGGACUCCCCCGUCGUGCAGUCGGACGAGGAGGAGGUGCAGGCGGACAACACGCUGGCUAGGCUGCGGGACAGCGAGCUCGUCAAGGAGAACUCUGACGACAGCGACUCACAGGCCGCAUAAACACAGGCCGUAAAAAAACAAACAAACACCCUGGCCCUGAUUUCUAGAAACCUUGAGUGUGCUUCACUGAGAAGUACCAAAAACCUAACUGUCUUCAGUAUUGUGCCGAAUCAUCCUCAGAACGAAAUCUAAAAGCUCCUCUCCAAUAAUAAAAACUGUUUUGUUGCGAACUUUUCCUUUCCGCAUUUGCAGCCUUCAUUCCUAGUUUUCCCUUUGUCGCAUUGUUGAAGCAGGAGAUCCUUCCUGGGCUUAAUACCGUCAGCGCAGCAGUCACCUGGAGGAGAGAGUCAGAGGUGAUCAGGGAAAAAGCAUCAGCCUGUACCAUCUUAUUUCUAGCCAGCUGGACAGCAAGCGGAAGGAGGAAAACCACCUGAAACCACCAAUGACCCGAACGAUUCUCUUGACUGCUACUUAAAAGCCUGCACAAAACCUUGUUUUUCAGCAUACCCUUGCACUAAAGGAUUAUUUCCUUUAAUAUUGUCAUUUUUAUGAAUAUUUGAAGAUUUUGUCUUGUCGGUACACUGUAUGAGCACUGAAAUAGGACAUGUAGAGGUUAAUUCGUCGAUGAAGAGUAAAUGCACAAAGUUUAAGCUGCGGAGCCUUCCCCAGGUGUGACCUAACCUCCAUCGUGUGUAGCCUGCACACUAAUGCAAGUCCUCAUUCAGAGCUCAUCUGCCUUUGUAGUGGCCAUGUACAAUUCUCUCAUUACUGCAAUGUCUAUAAUCCAUUGGAUCCUUAGCCAGUGGCACACAGUUCCUUUGUUGCGUCUCCAAAUCUGCAGUAACAGUAAGCUGUAAAAGGCAGAGUGGUCUUCUAAAAGUGCUUCACUUUCCCAUGAAGUAGGUUUGUCUCUAGAAGGGUGAUUUCCAGCCUUGAUGCUACCCAUGUACCUACAGUACAUAUUUUGGAUCAACAGCUUGUGGAAAAACCUGGCACUGGAAGGAUCCUAUGAAUUGUUGAAACUUACCUGCCAAAACGCAAGUAAUGCACAUCUUUCCCUUGGAACAUCUUGGAAAUUUGUUGUUUUUUUUAAAAAACUUUGUUCUGCAGUUCCUGUACCGCAAUCCUUAGGCGGGUCCACAUAAAAUAUAUCACAGUUGCAGUAUUUCACUUUGGAGAUGUUGUUUGCACAGUUGGUGUCUGUUGUAGCCAAUGAACCAUGAACUGAGUUUUUCUGUUGUUAUGGGAAGGCAGCUGUCUGUGAGUAAUAUUACAUAUUAAAAAGAACAGUUAUACCAAAUGUAAAUUAAUUGUGUUUUGGUCACAGAAUCCAAGCUUGAGUUGGAACUGGUUGCCUUGGUCUUACAGUUCAGCCUGCUUUAUCAGUGUGGGUGGUUGUCUCAUUACUGUUGUCAGGACUUUUCCCAACGAGACCCUGUGUGUGAUUAUUUUUAUUAUAUUUGCCAGAUUUGUGUUCCGAUAACUGCUUAUUUUAUCAACAGAAAACACUUGAAAAAUAUACAGGGCCCAGCGUCACAAUUAUUCAACAAAGGUGCCUUAUAAUUAAGAGAUUAGUUUAAAAAAAAGUCUGUUCUGUUGAAGCUCUAAAAUGAAAUUCUGAUUUCAUGUACCCAAGGUUAUGUAUUUCCUAUAUGUUUUUGCUUUUAUCUCAGCCAGAUGGUUGCGAAUUUUUAACAUUUUACCAAAACACUAUACCAGAGUAAAUGUACUGGAGUAGUUUAUUGACUAAGAAUAUUAAUUUGCUGGUAAAAAUGUUUCUACACUUUA